GAGGCUAGUCUAUGUUACCAUGUCGGCCUGCCCGUCCUUAUAAAUGCAAGAUUCCUGAAAUAAAACAUAAGUAUGCGAAUCCCCGAGAUACCUUCUGCAAAAACAAAUACUGGAAUGACCUUUGAAAACAUUAAACAUUCGGCGGCGGAACAGUUUAUUCAGCGAGCUUUAAGAUGCAACCAUGACAGUUAUAAUAGCUCAAUAGUUUCUAAUUGUGAGACAAUACAAGUAUUCGAAAACUGUUGCCGUCGAAAGAAUACAUUAGACAUGUCUAAUAGUUUUGAGGAUAGUCUAUGCAAUGACUUAAACCAUAAUUUAUCUAUACAUAUGGAUGACAAAUCAUUACAAACAUUCGGAAAUCACGUUGGGUCAUUAGCUGAACCCAAAGGAACGAGAGAGCAUAGCUUAUGUAUGAAAAAUUCGAACGACCAUGGCUCUAUGUUUGAUUUAUGUAAAAUGGACACUUCAGAUUUUGAUAUGGAAAGUGAAACCGAAAACUCGAACUACAUGGUUAAACAAACUAAUACUAUUAAUGAUACCUUAGAAAAUGGUAACACGAAAAAGGACACAGAGCCCUCUUCGUCAGAAAACGACUACUUUUUGGGGCCUGAUAUUCUCAGAAGUUGCGAAAAACUCUACGACCAAGAUCUACAAAACCGGAAUGAACCUGAUUUCUUAAAAAACAUUUGCCCGCAGAUAUCCGCCGUUAAAAAAUCGAAAGAUGAGCAACUUUUGGGACUCAGUACACUUGAUAUAAUUGGGGAUUUUGGCCAAGAGAUAGAAAGUGAAUUUGAUUUAAUUUUUCCGGGAUAUAAAAAAGUAUCAGAAAACGAAACGCAAUUCUAUAAGAUAACCGAUGCUGCCCUUUCAAAUGCAAGCGAAAAUUUGAGACUCAACCUAAUAUCCCGCUAUUCUAAUUCGACAGAGAAAAACAGUUCCAUUAAAACAAAAACUUCACAUGAAGUGGACAAAGCAAAAUAUCGAAAAUUUUCACAUGAUGACAGACAAUUACCGCCGGUUAUAAUUGACUACAAAAAGUGUCAAUUGAGUCAUCGUUGCGUUAAAAAAACCAAAGUUGAAAAUACGAAUUCGUCUCUUCCAAGGGUAAACAGAAACAAAUGUAAUUUAAGAAAGAGGAGCACUCAACUAAAUGCAAAUGUCGAUAGAAUUUUAGAGCGUGAAGAGUAUCAGAAAAUCAUGAAUAACAAGGACCAGAUAAUAAGCAAUAGCCGAUACACUAAAACGUCAUGUUGGGCUCGCCACUUAGAGGACUCAAUGAAACGUUCACUUGAGCUUACAUCGUCCAGGACACUUGGCCAGUUUGAUGCUUAUAAAGUUUCGAAGGACAUUGAUUUGACGACUUUGCAGAGCCAUUUGAAAAUGGUGCAAAAAAUUGAAAAACAACGACGAUAUGAUCGAGAGGAAAUACGAAAAAGAUUGGCAAUGGAGGCUAUACCUGCCCAUAUCGGAUUUAUGGGAGCUGAACAAAUUAAGAAUAAAGUUUUGGAUGAUAUGGAAGCAAAUAACGAAGCAGUGUCAGAUGCUGAAAGCUGCAGCUCAGACUCCGAAACUUGCCCAAAACUUUCACGCGCUGCAGAGGCUAAUUUCUCAGCCAUCCAUUUCCUUCAAUCUAUUCCGAAAGAAAAUGAUACAGUUUGGCAGGGAAAUGGAAGCUGCAAAAAAGUCACAUCAGCCGUCGAUGAUCUUCAGAAAAACUAUUUUUUCGCAAAGCAAUCCAAGCUUCAAAUAGAGGCUCGAAUGGCCUUGGCACAGUCAAAGGAAGUGGCGCAAAUGAAAAUGCAGAUCGAAAAAAAAAAUCAAACGAUUUCACCAAUUAUAGAAGCAAUUCGCCUAAUGCUUAGCCAAAUUGGAAUAAAAGUGGAUUCAAACAGAAGAUGGAUUUCAAGGCAAAUGCUCACCGGAAUGGAUAUAGAACAACUGAAAUUUUUGGUGGAAAAUUUGCAAACGUAUAUAGAAAGUCUCAAUGAAAAAUUGAUGAGUCUUUUAGUUGACCGUGAUGAUCUUCAUAUCUCUCAGGACGAAAUAUUGUGCGAUAUAAAACAGAUAAGCAAAUAUAUUGUAUUCAAGAGUCGAAGGCAAAUAUAA